AUUUUCCUUUUCUUAUUACCAAUUUUAUUUUUCUUUCUUUUCUUACAACUUUCUCUCACCUUUUCCACCCACCCUAAACCAAAAAAACCGCUCCCUUUUAUUUAACCAACACACAAAAAAAAAAACAUCAUUCUUCAUUUGUUCUUCAAAGGUUGAAUUUGUUUGUUCAGUUUAAGUGAGAGUAACAAUGCCAAACUGGGAGCUUAAGAACUGUUGUGAUCACGACCAGAAACUCUUCAUUGCUUUUGUUGGUGUCUACACCGUUGUCAUCCUCUUGCUAUGGAGGACUUUUCUGCUUACACCUUUUAAGCUCAUCACUGUGUUUCUUCACGAAGCGAGUCAUGCAAUCGCCUGUUUGCUCACUUGUGGCAAGGUGGAGGGAAUUCAGGUUCAUGCAAACGAGGGAGGGGUAACACAGACGCGUGGUGGCGUAUAUUGGUUGAUCUUGCCUGCGGGAUAUCUUGGUUCAUCAUUUUGGGGAAUGGCUUUGAUUCUUGCUUCUACAAAUAUUCUUACUGCAAGGAUUGCUGCUGGUUGCUUUCUUGCUGCUCUGGUUAUUGUGCUCUUUGUUGCUAAAAAUUGGACACUCCGGGGACUCUGUAUUGGAUUUAUUAUUUUUAUUGCUGCGAUUUGGCUUCUGCAAGAGAAAACGAAAGUCCAUAUCCUUCGCUAUGUCAUUCUCUUCAUCGGAGUUAUGAACAGUUUGUUUUCAGUUUAUGAUAUUUACGAUGAUUUAAUAUCUAGAAGAGUCAACUCUAGUGAUGCUGAGAAGUUUGCAGAAGUCUGCCCUUGCCCUUGUAAUGGUUUUGGGUGGGGAGUUAUUUGGGGAAUGAUAUCGUUCGCAUUUCUUUGCGCAUCUUUGUACCUUGGACUGGUCAUAUUAUCAUGAGAUAACCAUUCAGUUUAAAGAAUGUAAAGGCGUUGACAUUUGUAGUCUGAAAAAUUGAGAAAUUGGUAUCCAAGCUGUUUGUUGCUGGCAAGAUAUCGACUCUGUUCUAUUUUGGAUGCUUCAUAUACUGAUUUUUUGUUUUAGACAUACAUUUUUUUUUCAAUUGCUGGGAGUUUGCUCUCUCCAUGUUACUCCCAUAUCAUCAUUCUUUGCAGCCUAUAUUUUGGGUUGCUCAGUAUAUGAUUGCUUUUGUAUAUGAAACAGGCUCAUGAAUUAGAUUAUUGAUGCUGACUUUUACGUAGUGAAAUACAACGGAGUACUUCAAGACUUGUUUCAGAGUGAGGAGGAAAUGGAAGAGAAUCUAUGACCUUGUUUGAGUGUUAUUGAAAGAAAAGAGAGAGGUAAGGGAUGGAUGAGUCGUCCUAAAUCGUAAUAUGCAAUAUUCAUAAAGUUGCAGCGACAGGCAAUGAUGUAUUGAUAUGUCGGAGACGUAAGAACGACAGCCGCCAGAGUUGGUCUCUGGACCAAUACACUGAUAGAUAAAAUCUAAAUUUUUAUGAAAAAUUGAUAGGUUUCUUGCUCAA